UUCCAGCCUUAGCAACUGCAACUACAACUACACAAAUAUUUACCCAAGCCAUAUAAAAAAUAGCUUCUGUUCGUGCAUUACUGCCCGUUGUUUUUUUUUUUUCGAGUGACGCGUUCUACGUGUUCCAAGUGCAAACAAAUUCUUUAGUUUUCGUUUUGAAAUUUGUACUCUAUGCAAAUUUUCUAAUAAUAUUUAAAUUCGCGUGUGGCGGUAACUGUAACAACCACAAUAACAAUAGCGGCUACAGCAACAAAUACAACAAAAACAACAAGCUGUUGAAGUUGUAACCACAAAUCAAUCAAAUAAUUGUCAGUUGGCAUUUGGCGACAGAAACAGCGGCCAAGUCGCUGGCAAACCGCACGGAAACCGCCCGUUAGUUGGACUGGCUGUUGCAUAAAACGGCAAAAACUUAUCACGACGCGCGCAAUUUGAUCUUUCCGUAAAUUAAACUGUUUAAAUAUUUGAAGAGUAAAAAAAAAAGAAAAUUUCGUUGUCGUUGUUAUUUUUGCGCGACAGCUUCUCCAGAGCCGCCUCUACUCUGCAAUCUCCCCGGUCUACCGACUAUACAGACUACAGUCUCCAGUUACAAAGACGUCGGCUGCCAACAGCGUUUGAUAAGCAAAAUUCAGAAAAAAGCAAAAGCACUGCAGUUGCAGUUACUUAUUGGCCAUGGAGUUGGAAUGUGAUUUGGGUUCCAUACAGAACGAGGAAUUGCUCAGAAAAAUGUGGCAGCAAUCCGAGGAUAGCGAACGCAAGAAGCAGAUACGCAGCCACCUGUACAAGUUGCGUGAGUCACGCCUAAAAGAUUUGUAUCAGAACGAAGCGAUGUCGGACAACGCCAAUACAGUGACCGGUUACGGAAAGGAUCCGCUGACGACUAGCCAUGGGGAUGCGCUGAUGGAUCAAAGCUUUCAGAGUCUCAAAUCCAAGGAGGUGCGCGAUUCGAUGAGUCCGACCCAUGACAUUAAGUUUCAUUCUUUGAGCCUGAAUCAGCCAAACACCACAGGCUGGGAUGUGCAAACCUCUUCGGAAGUGAGUCCCGAUGGACGUGCCUAUCGCACCGAGACAGUGGCUAAGACAGAUGGUGUUGAAAAGCUCAAUGGUGGUGGCAUCGCCGAAUUCAAGGGUCGCAACGAGCAGCGCUCAAGCGCCUCGCAUCAAGGUGAUGACAAGAAUUUUGUGAAGAAAGCAUCGGAGAGCUCCGACACGCAUCUGCAGGAGAAGGUGGUGUUUGGCGAUGAAAACAGCGGCCGCACCGAGAUGAAAAUGAGCUCGACUACGUCCUCGUCGACGUCGCAGGUGGUGUCUUCAUCCUCCCACGUGGAGUACGACGAUGGCGCCGAGCCUCAGCGCUAUCUGCUAGACAGCCAGACAAGUCAACAGCAACGUCUGGAGCAACAACGUCAGGAGCGACGUCUGCACGAAGAGCGAGAUCGCAUACAGGAGCAGCAAAGGCGUGUAAAACAGCAGCAGCUUAUCGAAGAGCGUGAACGCGUGCAGGAGCAGCACCAACGCCAACAACAGCAGCGAUACUCUGAAGAGCGUCAUGAGAGUCGAGAGCAGUCCAAUACUACUAAGAAUGUGCAAACACAACAGCACUAUGAAGAGAACAAGCGUUAUGUGGACAUGGACAAGGCUUCGCCAGAAUAUCAGCGUCACGUUCAGCACUUGAUGGCUCAGCCGGGUGAGAUCAUUUCCAAUACAGUUGAGUAUCCUAAGCCGAACGUUAAGAUGAUUACAACGGUGAAGAAGCUACCCGAUGGCACUAUUGUCAAGAACAAGCGUUAUGAGACGGAGGAGCUCCGUCCAGGUAAUGAGUCUGUGCGGCAGACCAACACUAACACCAAUUACAGCCAGCAUCGGGCACAUGAUGAGCGUGAUCAGCGUGAGGACCGCUACGUAAAGCAGUCGCCGACACCACGUGGCUCUGAGCCUCGCGACGUAGUAGACAAUGUGGAGACAGUGCGUCGCCAGUCAGCUGCUGAUGAGCUAACCACUCAAUCGCAGUCGUACUCCUCGGUGAAGAAGUCCAGUCGUCGUUUUUCAACAGAGACUACGUCUGAGACUAUCGAGGAGUAUGAUGAUCAUCCUAAUGGAAGUCACAAGUCACCAUCCCCAGGUCGCGAUUUUAGCACCCAUGGGUUUCCUUCAGUGAAGCCACAUAAGCCAACGCAGGAGUAUCCAACAGAUCGUCCCUCGACGCCACAAACACCGCGUCAGCCGACCAGCGAUUUUAGCACGCAGGGGUUUCCAUCGGUAAAGCCGCAUAAGCCCACGCAAGAGUAUCCAACUCAGCGUGCCGGCACACCCAGCUCCCCGCGUCAGCCGCCCACACAGGACUUCUCAACGCACGGCUUUCCUUCGGUGCGUCCCAAUAAGCUCACUCAGGAGUAUCCGACAGAUAGACCAUCAAGUGUGAAUGAAGUGCGUUACGGUCCGAAUGGUGAGGAAAUAAUUGUGGUAAAGUCCGAACAGAGUCGUCAGGUGAAGCAGCAGACAAGCUCACAGCGCACCAUCGAGACGGAAUAUGUCAGUGAUGAUUAUCCGGCCCUGCAGGACUCUGCACCACAAAAGAAAAUUGCUGCCCCUCAGCAGGCCACACCUAGCUGGGAACAGCCUACCACUCCUAGACGUGGACAUGUCGAAGACGACUAUAGCACGCACGGAUUCCCUUCUGCUCGCUCGCCCAGAAAGGAGCACAGUGAGCCAGAUGGCGAAGUAAUAACCUCCAAGACGACAGUAAGUCGCAAUCAUAGCGCUACGCAUAAAACCAAUACGGAACGCAUUAUUGAGACCGAAGUGGAGCAGCCAAAUCGUCGUCCGGAACAGUUGAGUAGUCAUGGCUAUCCUGCCGCAAGGUCGCCCACGCGUUCACCAACACGCACUGACUACAUUCCCAUCAGUCCCAGACGCACUCCAUCGCGUGAAGACUACACCACACAAGGCUUUCCCUCUGCACGAUCCCCUACAAAGACAACGCCUGACUAUGCAACGAAGCGUGCGCCUCUAUACAAAUCGCCACCACGUAAGCCAAGUGGUCAAAGUACUCCAGUGAGUACCACCACUAAGCGCACAACUAAUGAGGCAACGACCACAACACGCCGGCAGCUGCAAAAGGAGCGUGAAGUAGAUGCUACACAUCGCGCAUUUGCUGCCUCACUGCGCAGUUCUUCGCCGGCGGAGAGUAAUCAUUCGGGUAGCUCGUCGCACCGCCGCGAUUCGCACACGCACCCCCAUGGUAAUCAGCAGCGCCACACACCGCGGUCGAGUAUCUCCUCGACAAAGACCUAUCGACGCGAUACACGAGAGGGUUCCCACGAUAGUCAUGCGCCUUCCGAAACAAGCCGCAUCAGCUCGACGACGGUGACGCGUCACGUUGGCCCGCCCACCACCAAGAGCGUGGGUAAAACUGUCGUUACCAAGCAAACUGUUGUGAAGACCCGCAACGUUCAAGGUUCUAACGAAACAAUCGAUCUUAUGCCGCAGCGUUCGCCGAAGUCCCCACCAGCAUCCGGUGCCAAAUCACCGAUAUCCAAAUCGGCACCGAUCAGCACUACGAAAACUACGAACACUACUACGAUUAUCACUAAGCCUGCAGGCCAACCUACAGCUCCAGCUAACAUAUCUUCACCAAGCACCCCAGCUGCACCUUCCAAUAUAGCACCCGCCACUAUUGCACCCGUGCCAGCCAGCAGCCCGGCUUCACCUCCAUCUUCAGCUUCAGGUCCAGGUCCAGCUCCAGCUUCAGUCAGCAGCGAGCUUCCUCAAGUGCCAGAUAACCUGUCACAGUAUACGUAUACUACCACUAAGCCAGCCGAUAUAUUCUCUUUACCACCUACUCCUCCUACUAUUAACAACGAACCAACACUAACAACAAAGUACAACAACAACAACAACAACCAGUCCAACAACAAGCCAAACAGCAAGUCCACCAACAACACUGAAAACGAAAUCACAAAAAUUCAACUGAGCACAAACGACGCCUCCCACGCGCUCAUCGAGGAGCCGCUGUGUGUGAAACGCCAUUACUACAAACUUGGUCCGUCCGAUAAGGCAGCGGCCAAGAACGCGCCCGCCACCCCUGAGGCACCAGCAAGCCCAGCUGUUGAGCCUGCGUUGACUGCCACGGCCUUAAUUAAUUCAGAAACCGUUGCAACGCCCAAGAGCCGACCACAUGUAACUCCAAAUGAAUCACCCAGCAAGAUCAACGACAUCGGCAAACGCACGCCACAAAGUAAUAGAAAACCCAAUCAUACCAUCAACACCACCACAACAAUCACCAGCAGCACAAACGCUACACACGACGAUGUUCGCAUAGUCGGUGACGAUGUCAAUCGUCAGUCGCCGAUUGAGGAACGGGAGCCUUCUAGACGUAGCUCCAAGUCUCCCAGUGUCGAUCGUCGUACAGUACUGAGAGAAACAACCUAUGAGAAGUUGCGCGAUAAUUCUAUAAAGCGAGUUCCUCAAACUGACGAUGUCUUACAUAUCGAUGAGCAAAUCGUUAUAGAUGAGUCCGAAGUUAGAAAGUCGCCUAUUUCACCCAAGCCCCGUACCCGUUCACAAACUUCUCAGAGUCCUGAAAGGCAGUUGCCAGUCCAACUAAAGCCCCGGGAAAAAAGUCCUGAAAAACAGUUGCCAGGUGAGCUUAGCCCCAGGGACGUAACGACAGAAAAGCCAUUACCGACCUCCACAAAGCCGAGACAAGAACUUGACACUCCAAUUGUACGGCCAACAAAGCCUAAGGAAGCGCCACAGCCAACAAAAUCACCGCGCCAUAGUCCUGAAAAACAGUUGCCAAGUCAAAUAAAACCCAGGGAGAAGGCCCGACAUAGCCCAGAAAAACAGCUCCCGGAAGAAACUAUACCCUACAGUCCUAAAAGGCAGCAGCCAAAUGUAGUUAGUCCUAGAGAGGAAACACGUCCAAACCCUGACGAACCCCUUUCGGAUAAAACAAAACCAAAGGAAAUUCCUGAAAAGCCACAAAUAAACAAUGAAUCGCUUCAGAGUCCUCAAAGACCCUUGUCAAAUAUAACUAAACCACGCGAAAGCCCUAAAGAACAACAACCAAUCUUAUCUAAACCUAGAGAUGCACCACGACAGAGUCCGGAAAAGCAAAUACCUGGACCAACCCAAAAUCGAGAAGAAGUUAUUUUCCAGAGCAUAAAUACUCAAAACGUGCGAAACACAACGAACAAUUUUAAUGAGGAAUUUAUAACCAACGAACGUAUUACACAGAAACCGAUUAGUCCUCGAAAUCAGAAUGAAAAACAGCCCGAGCCUGAUAUUCCUGAGAGUACUGAUGGUGGUUUUAUUUCAAAAAGUCCGGAGCCAGAUCAGGACGAUGACAAGCCUACCUAUCGUAAAAAGGGAUUAAGCCGUCGUGAGACCUUUGAGGAUCGUUGUCGAAAAAUACUGGGUAUGGAAGAGGAUGGUGAUACACAGGGCACCUAUGUGCGAUCUGAUGACGAACAGCCGCAAGAAACCAUCCCAAAAGUGGUCAAGGAAACUUUCGAUGUGAGAAUCGAAGAUUGUCCAGAUGACGAUGAGGAUGAUAAGCCUAGGGGUGUUAUCGAAACCUUUGUAGUGCGCCAGCAGUUCCCUUCACAACCUACAGAAAGUCCAUUGCCAGAUGGCCGUUCGCCUCAAUUAAGUGAGCUAACGGUUGAUGUCAUAGAAUCUGAGGAAGUUGUGAACAGCGAGAAAACAAAGAAAACUACAGAAGUAAAGAAAGUUCCGAAGCAAAGAAGCGGCUUAAAUGUGCCCGUUAAAACUCCCAAAAAUGUUGAGGAUACCGUUUACGUGAAUAAGGAGAAUACUAUUGUUGUAACAGUGCGCCCAGAGAAGUCACCAUCACCGCAACGAAAUGCGCCUGCCACAAAGCAUCCGUCACCGCAUCGUGAAUCGCCGACCCGUAGCUCCAAAUCACCAUCACGCAAAGAAUCAUUAAGCUCCACUGAGAACCAUUUCGUUACCGAAAAGAUCAUUGACUGCAAUGAAAAAACUAUAGUGGAGAAGAUAAGCAAAACGCCACGCAAUGUAAGUCCUACUAGUCGUAAUACAGCUCCAGUUAAGAAACUAUCUGACGAAAGUGAACCUGAAGAGCUACCACUGACCAAGUCCGAAACUAAGAAGCCGCAAAUUUUCAAACCUGAAACGGAACGCCGCAGCUCCAGAACAACUACAACUGUAAAAACUACUAGAUCAGCACAGCCUCAACCCCAUAGCCCUAGGGAAUCCGAAACAAAAACACCAAUCGGUAAGAGUCCUCUCAAGGACUCCCCAGCUAGGACAGAGCCAGCAAAGGUGGAUCGAUUGGUGGAGGAAACAAGCAUUUCCACCAUCAAAACUUCAACAUCGAGAAAUAAGCAAGGCAGAAAGCCUAGCGAUGUUAAUGCGUCGCCCUCGAUUAAAGAUCGCCUGCGUUCCUCACCACGCAAGCCAAAGCCGCAGAAAGACGACGAUGUGGAUGGAGAGUCCUCUUCUUCUGAUGUUAGUCCCGUACGGGUUAGUGAGCGUCGUCGCUCGAGCAAUAUUUCCGUUCACACAGAGAUCAUAAUUGAUCACACAGAGCCAAAAUCUCCCAAGUUAGGAGAUAGAAAGCCUUCGCAGCCGAAAGGAGGUAAUUCCCCUGUGCGCAAGUUCCCCGUAACGGAACGAAAAGAAUCGGCGCCUGUGCCACGCGUUACUCGACGCGACAAAGAUAAAGUGACUCGUUCAACAAGUGAAAAUGUCAUUAAGGUGGUCAACGGCAAGCCGCAAACUCCUAAGCAACCGGAAAUGAGUACCUUAAACCCGAACACAGCUCAGAGGCCUUCUGAUCGUGGUCGCCCUAGUAAAUGCUUCACUACCAAGACUAUUAACUUGACCACUUCCGAAAAGCUAAUUAAUAGUGAGGAAAUGGAAAAUGUCAUCAUUGACAUACAGCAUGCAAAGAGUUCCCGUGAACCUUCGCCAGAUAAGAUCGUGCCAACACCGGUGCCCACUGAGUUCGACACGGGCAACCCACGCUACCCUGACGUAGUGCAGGAACCAGACGACGAACCACGAAAGAAACCUGUGGUCACAAACAUACCCAUAUUUGAGGAGGAAACAAACGACUAUGUUGGCUGCCGGAUUUCUGAAGUGCGUAGCUCCAAAGAUCAACCGGAUGAAAACGGAGUUGAUGAGAUUUUGGAUAAUCCAACAAUUGAGGCACCGAAAAGUCUUGAUUGGAAUCCCACCAAUGGGGAUGACGAGUGUUUGUUGAGUGUACACGAAAAGGUCACGAAGUUUACAAAUACCGCCGAGAAAACAAAGCAACCCAAAUCAUCGGCGCCAUUUAGUCGCGAAUUCGAUCGUCAUGCCAAGGUUGCCGACAAUGACGAGUGUCUUCUCAGCAUUAAUCAAAAAGUAGAUAAGUUCCUGAAGACAGCUGAAAGCAUUACCAUGCAGCCCAUAACGCCAACACGCGAAGUAGAGCGACCCAGCUAUGAGGAUAUAGACGAAGAGCUUCUUCAAGACGACUGUACGCUGAGUGUGUCACAAAAAGUGCACAAAUUUAUAGAUACGGCCGAAAAACUGGCCCCCACGGCUCCGCAAAAAUCACCCCGGUUAGUAGCAAACAUCGAACGUCAUAUAUCACGUCAGAAUGAACCGGAGCUGGAUCAGGAAUCAGAGCCAGAAGGCGUCAUUGAGACGGAUGCGGAGGAUCAAAUUGAAAAGGCGAAUCGCAAUGUCGUUCUCAAACAGUUUACAAAGCGCACUGAUCGAACGGAAGUUAUAAAAGAACCUAAUGCCGAUAACGUCGAUACCGAGCCUGAGCAGGAUGAUGUAGUUCCCAUGACCAAAAAUCAUACCAUAGCCAUUGAACUUCAGCGUCAGAAAGAUAUACUUAGUCGGCCCUCGGUGCUCUCACCAAAAUCUGUGCCACGUAACUCUACGCCUAUAUCGGCGCCCAAAUCAAAGCAGAAUGGCAAUAAACCCAAGUCACCACAGUCAGUUGAGAGGAAAUUGUUGCAGCCGAAUGAGCGUACCUCGCCAGUUACACCUAAAGUGGAAAGGCCAAGUGCUUCACUUAUAGCUGAGGAGCGCAGGGCUUACAAAAGCCAGCAGACAAAGAGUGUAUCCACCACCAAGUCUAGAUUCGAAACGCCACGGCAGCGCGAAGAAAUACCGAGAACAGCUACGCCUACACCGAAGCGUAGGCCGUCUGCUGAACAGCCUAGUCCAAAAACAGGACUUAACCGUAUGCCAGCAACAACUGCUGAAAUUUCCACCACAGAUUCCGAAACAGAAUUCGUAAAGAGUAGUUACCGCGCCACCCGCCCCGAAAGCGACGUCGACGAGGAGAGCUCAUAUCCACAAAGUCCCUCGCCCACACACAUGAUCCGCAGUAAACCGGCACCCAGUACGCACACCGCCACAAAGACCACCGUAGUUAAAACCACCACUGAGCACAGCACUAAGCAAACUCCAACAACUAACCCAUUGAGCCAACCUGACAAUGAACCAUCCGUUGAACCACUUCUAGACCAGACUAAGACGCCUAGCAGCGUUGGCAAGCCUCCAAUACACACUAGCGUCGGACGAACCCGUGUGGCCGCGGACACAGUAGCCUCACGGCGCAAUCUCUUCGAGAAGCAGUCACCAACGUCAACGCCCACCAAGUCCGAAGAAACGGGACGUCGCCCUUCCUACAUGGAUCACACGAAGAGUUCGUUGGAACAUAUUCGUCGCGACUCUCUUGAGAUUAACAAGACCAACUACUCACGGAAGUCGUCGGUGGAGGACGAAACAACCUAUGAGCCGCGCAACCCGAACACGGCAGUUAAGUUCGAUGUGCCGAAGCGUACGACCCGAAAAGAGCCUAGUUGCAGCAUUAACGACGACACCAACAUUGAAGAAAUCUUUGAUCUGCAAGUGCUUGAAGAAUUAUUGGAAACCGUUAGCUCAUACGAAUUACGUCGUCGCAUACGCGCCCAAAUUCGUUUGAUUAAAAAGAAUAUGAUCAAUUCGGGUUCGACUAUAGUGACUAGCACAACCACGAAAACCACCACGGUGUCAAGUAAAAAUGAGACAGAACCACCUAAGGCUACUACGGCAAACGUGAGUCGCAGUCCGCAGUCCUCGCGACGAGUACCGGAUCAGACCCAGCCGCGUACGCCUCGGGACCGUAGUCACAGCCCCGAUGCCAAGACAAUUAGUAGCAGUAUGAAAGAAGUGCGUACCAGUAGCAGUCGCCGUCAGACCACCCGUACGGAGCAGGUGGAUAACGCUAGUCUACAGGGCAAGCCCCCUGUGAAACCACGCGAUCGUAGCGCCAGUCCUGCCCAGGAUCCUCGAACCGGACACCGUAGCCCAACUGGAAAACGCGGAAGUACCAGCAGCAGUCCUUCUACUCAGUCACCGGAGCGUCGACGCGACUCAGCUGCCAAGACGCCCGAUCGAAACCGCAGUCCACAGACAAAACGUGUUGAGUCCACAACGACAACAACAACAACCACAAAGACCAGCGGCAACCGCAAUAAGCCCGUAAAAGGUGCUGAGAAGACAUCGGCUCCCAUAUGGGCAGAUCGCAGCAAGGUGCUUCGUGGCCACACGCCAGUAUCGACGCCCCCACCCAAAAAGAGUAGCACAGCGAGCAGCAACACGAAGAUCACACGCACCACAACAAGCUCCACCGGCUCCACCAGUAGCAGUCAGAAAAUCAAGCGUCGUGAAGAAGACUCAAUCACUUCAAGCUACGGGGUAGGACCCACCGAUGAGAACGGGCUUCCCCUUUUCGGUAUACGCGCACUCAAGAAAAAGGCGCAUCCGGCACAUGAGCCCUGUGCAACAAGCGAAGAAGUCACAGGCUAUGUCAUCGAGGAGCAGUUCUAUUCGGACAACAAAUCAGCUCCUAGGCGCGAGCGUAAAGAGCUCAUUUACUCCACUAAUGCCGAUGAGCUGGCUUCCCUGCAGCAACAGGUCGAACGCAAGAGCUCCCAAGAUGUCGACGACGGCAGCGUGGUGGUGCGAGAGUUCAAGAAGUUGGACAAGCAAGCUACACAGGCGCUCGGCUACGAUGCGGAUGACCUGAACAUAGAUAGGAAAUACGUGCGUCGUGGCUCCGUCAAAGAAAUGAGCGAAAAGUUUAUACGGAAAGAGUCCUCUCAGUCCGUAACUGAGUCUAAGACUAGCAGCAGCACAAGCACCAGCAGCAGCGCCUCAGCUUACCCCAAAGCUGGACUGAUCCUGCGCACCAACUCACGUUUGAGCUCGCAAGAGCCCGACGCCGCCGAUGAGACCGAGGACAGUGAGUCCAACGAGGUCUGCAGCGUCAUCGAAUCGGCAGCGUAUACCAGCCAGCAACAGCUGCAGCAUUCCCAAUUGGAUGACAGCUCAGCGGACGAGUCCCUGCAGCUUCGCCAGCAUUCUUCGAGCACACGUUCCAAGCAAUCGACGCGCUCGUUCCUCAACACCACCGGUGAAGAUCGCGUGGUGACAGGCGUGGACGAUGUGCUUCAGCGCAUGCGCAAUGCUGAUAAUGUCGUUGAGCCCGGCGAUAGUGCCGAGGAUCAGGAAGCACGUGCGUUGCUUAACAAAUUCCUCGGUGCCAGCGUCAUCAUGCAGGGUGUGGAGAGCAUGUUGCCGCAAGGUGGAAGAACAACAACAACUUCAACACGAACAUAUACACAACGUGGUGGCAACAACAACAAUAACGCCAAUCAAGGCGAUCAAGCGGUGAAAACGACGCGUGUUACGAAAACUUAUAGCAAAACAGGCAACAGCAGCAACAACAACAACAGCAAUAGCUCUUCAUCACUAGUUACACGAACAACUUGUGACAUCGAGGAGAUUUGGGACGAGGAUAUAUUGAAGCAAUUGCUGGAAAAGGCGUCCACCUACGAGGAACGUCGCAAAAUCCGUGCACGUCUACGCGAACUUAUGGCGGAACGCGAAGAGCAAAAAAAGGCGGUUGAGCAGACCAAUGCCGAGGAGGAAGAAAGCAGUGCCAGCGAAUAUGAGGAAAUAAUUGAAGAGGUAACAGAUUACAGUGACGAAGAAGAGGAAGAAGAAAAGGAGAAACCUACUAAGGCCGCUGAGAAAUCGGAUCAAAAGGCCACAAGCAUUGCAACUGCUGAGAAAGUUGAGCAAGCAGUCAAAGCUGAAAAGCGCGAGGAAGUUGAGAGCGCCUCUAGCAAGGUCACUGCAACUACUGCCUCAGCUAAGAAGUCGACAACGAAAACAUCUUCAGCGAGCACCUCAAGCUCGAUUAGCGUCAAGGAGACUAGUCAGACUGACGGUGGCGUUAAAGCAACGCAGGCACAACAACAGCAACAAAGCUCAACGACCAGCGAACGCACUGAGACCAAGUCGAAGGAUGGUGGCGCCGUUGUGACCACAACAACAACAAAAGUUACCACACGCACUGUAGGCGGCAGCGCUGCAUCCAAGAAUAUUUCACCGCUGGCCAAGUUCAAGCAGCUGGAUAAAGAGGCCGCACAACAACAAGCGCAAAAAUCAUCUCCAACAACAAGCACACCCACGACCCCAGGCGGUUCAGUACAACCGUUAUUCAAAUUUACCGAUCCGGCACUAAAUGCGCGCGCCGCCACUGUCAAGGAUCAACUUCUGCAGUGGUGUCAGCAAAAAACGCAGGAAUAUGAGAACGUCCAAAUAACAAACUUUAGCUCGAGCUGGUCAGAUGGCUUAGCCUUUUGUGCGCUGAUACAUCAUUUCUUGCCAAAAGCAUUUGACUACAGUACACUAACAAAACAAAAUCGAAGACACAACUUUGAAUUGGCCUUUGGCGUGGCUGACGAAAAAGCGGGAAUAGCGCCAUUGCUUGACGUAGAGGAUAUGGUGGAGAUGAGUCGGCCGGAUUGGAAGUGCGUUUUUGUCUACGUGCAGAGCAUCUGGCGGCGUUUCCGUAAUUGUCAGUGAGGCGUGGGACCAGGCAGACCAGUGUGCACAAGUCUCUAAACCUACU